AUGUUCUGUUUUCAUCGUUUUCUAGAAUCAAAAUUCAACAAAUGGAAACAAAAUGCCAUCACUGUGGUUGGUGGAAAUGGACAAGGACACGAAUUAGAUCAACUCAAUUCCCCUCGCGGAAUCUUUAUUGAUAAAAAGAAAAAUAUUUUUAUUGCUGAUUAUUGGAAUAGUCGUAUUGUUGAGUGGAAAUACAAUGCAAAAGAAGGACAAAUUAUCACAGGUGGAAAUGGACAAGGAGAUCGAAUGAAUCAAUUGGAUCGACCAACAGAUGUGAUUGUUGAUCAACAAAAUAAUUCGAUUAUCAUUGCUGAUAAAGGGAAUAGACGAGUGAUUCAAUGGUUUAAUCAAAAUCAACAAAUUCUCAUUGAAAAUAUUGACUGUUGUGGCUUGACAAUGGAUAAAUAUGGAUUUCUUUAUGUUUCUGAUUGUGUGAAGAAUGAAGUGAGACGAUGGAAAAUGGAAGAAUAUAACAAUGAAGGAAUUGUAGUGGCUGGUGGAAAUGGCAAAGGAAAUCAACUCAAUCAACUUGAUUUUCCUAAUUUUAUCUUUGUUGAUGAAGAUCAAUCAAUUUAUGUAUCAGAUAGCAGCAAUCAUCGUGUGAUGAAAUGGAGAAAAGAAGUAAAAGAAGGAAGAAUUAUGGCUGGUGGAAAUGGUAAAGGAGAAAAUCUCAAUCAAUUAUUUGGGCCUCAAGGAGUAAUUGUUGAUGAUUUAGGUCAAAUCUAUGUGGCAGAUUUUGAGAAUGAUCGAGUAAUGCGUUGGUGUAAAGGAAAAGAAGAAGGUGAAAUUGUUGUUGGUGGAAAUGGAAGAGGAUAUCAAUCAGAUCAAUUGAAUGGUCCCAUUGGUUUAUCUUUUGAUGAUGAAGGAAAACUCUAUGUUGUUGAUAAUUUAAAUCAUCGAAUUCAAAAAUUUGAAAUAAUUUUGUGA